AUGUACCCAACCGAAGAUGAAGUGACCCUCGACAAGGACUCAUCCACCCUCCUGGACUCCCUCAAAGCAGACCUCGAAAACGGCUCAUCAAACUCAUCCUCUCUUAAAAAGACGUCCCCCACCGUAACAUUACUCCUCAACCUAUCCAUCCCCGACUCCGAGGACAAGACCCUCCCUCUCGACAUCACCGUCCCCUUCUCACACACAGCGCCCGCAACCCCAGACGAGCCUCCACACAUCAAAGUCCGCAUCCAACAACCCCCCUGGCUCUCCCGCGCCGCCACCACAACCCUCAACGCCCUCAUCCCCGAAGACGAAGACCUCUUCAGCACAAUCGAGGCCAUCGCCGCCUCAACCUCCGCACACCUCUCACAAGCCGCAGAGGAAGCAGCCGCCGCCGCAACCCCCUCAGAUCCCCUUUCUUCGGGAGGAGGACCCCUCGUGCGCGUGUGGUUCUACUUCCCCUCCAUCUCCACCCGCUCCAAGCGCGACGACUUUAUCAUCCACGCGCCGCGGUACCGCCUCACGGGCUUCCUCUACGCGGGGAAACCGGGCCUGCUGUGCCUCGAGGGAUCCUCGCAGAAUGUGGAUGAUUACAUGCGUUUCAUCAAGACGGAGUCGUGGGGGGAUAUACCCGCGCACCAUAAGAAGGUCAGCGAGCGGCAUCGCGAGGUGGGUGAGGGCGUGGAGAGGGUGUUUGCGGACAUGACGGAGAUCACGGACUCGGUGGGGGAGAGGAGGGGACAGAGGGCGAAUCGGGGGGAUAUGAAGGCUGUGGAGGGGUGGCUUGUGGAGAGGGGUUUGGGGGAUGCUUUUGCGAAGGUGUUGAUGUGA